AUGGGUAAAGAUCCAGCACCUAAAACAGCUUCAGAUGCUCAACCGGACAAACUUGAUCCAGAUAAUGCAGAGACCUCUCCUGACAACAAUGAACCGGUUAAAAAUGAGGUAACAGCCCCUAUAACGCCUGAAGAGGGUUCAGAAGUUAAAGAGGUGGAGAAAAACACACCUGAACCUGUUGGCAAACCUGCGGAAGCGGCUGAAGGAAAAGCCACAAAUGAAGUCGGAAGUGAAGGAGAGAUGCACACCACAGCUGAGCAGAAUAAAGCAACUGGUGAACAAAACAACCCUGAUCCUGGUGAAGAUGAAUCAGAGAAAGACAUAAAAGAGAAGACUCCUGGAGAGGGAGAACCAACAGCCUCUAAACCUGCUGAAGAUGAACCACACGAUGCUAAAACAGACGAGAAGCCCAACACACCUGAUAAAGCAGGGGGAAAAGAAACUGUUGAUGAAGAGCAGAACACAGAUGAUGAUGAUGAUGAUGAUUUUAAAACCAACUCUGUUGAAGAGGAUGACGACAACAAGACCGAAUCUGAGGCUCCUACGGGCAGCCAAGAGGGACAAACUGAAGAUGACGCUGAGCCAGAUGUGGGUGACGGUGGCAAUCCUGAUACUGGUGAUGUUCUUUCAGAUGAACUGGAUAAAUCUGACCACAAGAACCUGGAAAAGAACCGAAAAGCAAAGGAUGAUAUCGAGUUCGAGGAGAGCGCAGAGAGCAGCCACUUCUUCGCCUAUCUGGUGGCGGCCAUCAUUCUGGUGGCGGUGCUUUAUAUCGCCAGUCACAACAAGCGCAAGAUCAUUGCUUUUGUCGUUGAGGGUCGGAGGUCAAGAGGCUCACGGAGACCCAAAACAUCGGAUUACCAAAAACUCGACCAGCAUUGAGAAAGUCCAGUCAGACGAGUCAGCAGGGGAUGAAUCGAAAUAUUUGAACUGUGAUCUUGAAACUUGAAUUAUUAAUAAUGCGGCGUAUAUUAACGCUCAUGAACGCUGUACAGCAGAUCCUCACUGACUCAUCUAGACGUGACUCGUCUUCAUCCGCUCAUAGCAUGUCAGGUAUGUUGGAAACACAGAGCUAUGAUAACUGAUCUUCAUUCAUUUACUGUUACAAAUACAUAAAUCAAAUCCAUUAUACCGGUACAUACUGUAGAUGUUGGUUCAAUCUGUGACCUCUCUUUCUAUUUAAUUCCCGAGCCUUUUUGGUUGAGUUUCCUUGUUUGUUUUUUCUUUUCUCGAUUUAUUGCUGGGCGAGUUGUGUAAUACAGAAGGAAACUGUAUGUAUAUUUUUGAGAGUGUGUUGGUUGUUGAUGUUUUAUGGGUAACUGGGAAUGAUUGAUUUUUUUAAUCAGAAUUGUGCUGUACGAGUUCUUGAAGCUGAUCACACAUUUCUAGGGCGUGUGAAUUGCACUUUCUGUCGGUGUACAUUAGUAAAGGAGUUAUUAAUAUGCGUUACAGAUAUUCUGCACACUAAGAAUGAUGAAUCAUCUUCGCACGGCUCAACAAUAAGGAUAUUUUCAGUUCAGAUUCACACUUGCUCUUUUCACUGGUCCCACAACAA